AUGCGGACCAAUCCUUCCAGCUGGAUUGGGAUUCCUAUGCUGACGCUGGAUAUGACAACCAACGUAAUAACCCCGACUUCCGGUGGACUCGGGAACCUCCGUCUGAAUAUCACACCACCGGAUGCACAGGAGAAUAGUCGAUUUGUAGGGACUUUUACAAAUGAAAACGACGAUGAAUUUCAUUCCCUCGCCUCAACGGAAUAUCUUAGUAUGGAUGAGGAUGAAAAUUCAAGGGAAAACACAGAAAGCCAACAUGUCGUGGUUAAAUUUCCUAGAUUAGCGAUGAAAUUGAACUUGGAUAUUACUGUCUCCGAUCAGAAUCCGUAUACAGGAAAACUGGACCUCAUUUGCUCCACGGAAGACAUAACCAGUGAGAGUACCGGAACUGGCAGAGACGGGAAAAUUGCCAACUGUGAAAUGUGGCUCAAUGGACAAUAUCUCCAGCAACAGUCACUCAGGAACUCGUCAUCUGACAUAGAUAUAAUUUCUUCUUCAGGAGUUUUAUUUCCUGAAUCUGAUAACUAUAGUUCUGAAAAUCUUCAAUCGUCAUCGGAUUCUAAACUUUCGUGUGAUUUAAUUGCCAAAAGUGCAACGGACAAAAUCAAUACUGAAUCUCUCGCGGCUCGUUUAGAUCAUAUACGGAAACAUUAUCGUCUGGUAGAUUUCUCAGGGGAAGAAGAGAGUAGAUAUCUGAACAAACAAAUUGCAGAAUCAGGCAGUACGUUAGACAGACUAAUUGAGUGGUAUAACAAUGGCUGUAGUCCCUCUUUUACAUCACGUGAACCGGAUCCGGAAGUACCGCUUGAACAUAUGAAUAGAAAAACGGAGGGUGGAAAGCCAAAUCCGUGUAUGCAUACAUAUUCCAACGUCGUACCUGAUAUUCCUGUUAUCCCAAAAUUACCGUCACUUCCGCCCAGUCCAUGGUCAUCUCGAGACAAUUUACAGGAGUCACGUGAUUCGAUCUCAGAUAUUUCUGCUACAACAAUUAGGGACACAAGCAUCCCACUAAAAGACAGUCGGCCAUCUUGGUUAACCAUCUACAGAAGUAACACAAAAUUUGAACGAGAAAAUGAAAACCAAAUGUUGGAUACAAGAUGUUCUCGCGAGAGGUCUUCUUCAGUGGCACCUAGCGGGCAAAAUCAACAACUGUUUGGUGCAAGAAAACCUAAAACGGCACAAACAAUUCUCCGAAACCAUGAAAUGGUUUACAAUGAUUUGUCUGACGUUGAUGAGGAGGCAAAAGGGACUAACCGGCUCGAAAGUUACUCUGAGACAAACUUUCCGGGAUGCGCAAGUAUUCAAACUCUUAGUGAUACAUCAAAUGGUGACCAAGUGAAUGCCAUAAACAAUGAGUUUUGUGUACAACCUCAGUUUGAUGACAUGAAAAACAAUUCUUCUUCGAUACUAUUCGAUUCAGCUUUUGGAAGUAUGUUACAAGACGUAUCCGUCGAGACAGGAUCCCUUACAAAUAUCCUACCUCCGUCUGAUGUGCCGAAUGCAGCAGAUCCGUCCGAACGACACAGAGAAUGCGAAGACAUGGAUGACUCCAAUUUAUCACAUACUGAGUAUGUUGUCUUUCAUCCUAGUGAUAAAAUGUUCCUUCCAGUGAAUGGCAGUUCAAGUUCCAAUAUUCCUCAAUCUGAUUCACAGCUAUCUAAUGAUGUUGAAACAAGGCCGAACCAGUACACAUCCCCAAUAGAUCCCGAAAGUUCUGUCUCUUCAAGCGAAAGUAUUGAUGACAGAUCUCAUGUAUCAUUUAUCACUGAAGAAGAAUGUGCUGCCAGUAACUUUACGACAGCUUUCACUUUACCAGGUAUAUUCAAUGAUACUACAGUACCUGGAGCUACUUUCGGCUACAAGACCGCAACACAAAAACAACAAGGUUGCCAGUAUGAUUCAGGUCAGGAUAAAAAGAGUGCGUCCUUUAUGCGAUACUUUGAUGAUGAAAAUAAUGAUGUGUCUCCGAAAUUUGGAAGGAAUAAUCUUGAAUGUUCUUCAACACGAAACGACAUCAAAAGCAACGAGGAAAAAUUGCGCGAGCUUGGCGUUAGUUAUGGUUUAUUCGAUGACGGUGAAGACACGGCUGGUUACGAAAGUUAUGACAGUGAUGUUUCCGAGGUAGCUGUUGAAACAAAUCAGGAUAAAACUUUAAAUGGUAUCUAUAGCGAUGACACUAAUUUGACAGAGACGUUCGAGGUUGUUCCCGUAACACUGAACGAAUCUGUGGAUAUACAACAACAUCCAAAUGAGACGCUGUGUCUAACUGUUGAAGAAAACACAUCAAGACGAAGUAGUUCGUCAUCAUUCACCAUGGACAUCAUUCAAGGUUCAAGUGACUCUGUCAACAAAACUUGGAAGGAAAGUGAUACCACUAUUCCAGCAAAACCGAGUCCUACAUACGAAGUUGUCGAUUCAAGAGAUGCUGCAAGCCUGUGUACGGCGAUUGACAUGGAGCAGAAACUGAAUGAGCACAACCAAACCCAAACCUUUCACAGUGAGGACACAUUGUUCAGUUUUAGUGACGAAGAUCAGGUUAACUUUCUUAGAAAAUUUCAGCAUUACGUUGAGUCACUAGAUAUAGCUGUGGAUACGACUUACAGUCAAAACCAUCUUCUGGCACUUCAAGAAGAUAACGAUGAUGGAUAUUUCAGUUGUUUUGAUGAAAAUAAGAUAAAGGAAUGCAACAUACAGUUAUUUCUCGGGAUUCGAGCAAACACCUCCAAUUCACACUCCUCUGAUAUGAGCCAAUUGUCGAACGGUGGCGACAUGUUAGACUACGCCGCACGGAAGAUUUCAGAGCGAGUUAUCAGUGACAUUUCUCUGGAUCAGAAGCAAUCCAAAGAAACAAUUCAAAAUCAUUCGGAAUCGUCAGUCCAAAAUACUCCGUCUUCUCAUGACCCGAUAAACGUACGUUCAUCCGAUGGGAACUUGGAAUUACAGGCUGAAGUCCCAACCCAAAACUCGUAUUCAAAGCUUAGAAUUACUCCGAGUGAAGUUUUUACAUGUCCUUAUUUUGACGACAUCUCACGAUUAGAUAUAUUCACUCCUUCAGUUGAGGACGUGAGGGAAUGUCCUGUUUCAACCUUUUCCGUGUCCAGUUUAGCUUCAAGAACACAUUCUUAUGUAAUAGACACCCUUAACUCCGACAGAAAUGCGGAACUUAUUGCGUAUUCACGGGAUUUUUACAACAGUGUUGAGGACGAAGGUAAUACAAAGGGUAAGGACGCUACAGAGUGUGCAGAAUUGCUGACAUGUGUUUCAGAGAGGGACGUAUACCCUCCGAAUGACUUUCCUUCACUAGAACACGAACCUGAAGAACACAGCGACUGUGACCAUGAAAUCGAAGGGAAUAGUGUUUUUAUUCCUACAAAGGAACACAACUGUGAUUGUGACAUUCAGCGUAAAACAGGUCUUAUUGAUGAACCUUCACGAUCUGAUAGAUAUUCAUAUUCUGCCAAAACAGGAACUUUUGUGAAACACAAAGAUUAUGAUGCCGACAAACGAGAUACCUCGAAAGGAUCCAUAAUAGCUGCGGUAGAGCGAGAGUCAUUGGCUCAGUUUGCGAGUUUGAUUGUAAAAGAUGCCAUAUCUGUUGCACACAGGAAAUUCGUUUGGAGCAUGAAAGACCAAAGUCAGAAGAAUGAAGAAGUCACCUCAUUAAGGUCGGACGCAUUACUCUCGCAUCAGGAAGUCAGUUCCUCUGAAAGUCGAUGUAUUGCCCAACUCAAUACGGAUAAAAUGGAAGCAAAAAACGACAAGAGAUUUCGUAAUAGGUCGAACGUAGACGAUAAAUCAGGUGUACUCGUAACAGGUCUGACAGAUGAAACUCAGCGAACGUCGUCUUUGGAGUACUGCCGAACUGUUGUAGCUUCCGGUUUGUCAAGUAUUGCUAUCCGGCAGGGGAUGAACGAACUCAGGCUUGUUGCUUGUAAAGAAUGGCAAUUAUCUCGAUCGAAUACGGAAACAUCACCAUCUGAAGCAACUUUAAGUGAAACAGAUGCAGAUGUCGACAACUACACCAAAUACAAAGCCAAAUUGAAGGAACUGAAAAUAAAACGUCAACGAGGAAGGUGCAAAGAGAUACGAGAUCAGGAACGAAAGACUGCCAUACCCGUAAAACAGAGAUCAUUGCUAUAUCAACAACUGACUGAAUCAUCCUCGGACGAUACGUCCGACGAUGAUAGUAGUGACGAAGAUAUAGAGGAAUGUGAUAGAAAAGUAUCUGACUUUUUACGUUGGGAGAUUGACCAAACCACCAUGAAGAAAAUCGAGAAUGUCCUCGACACCGAAAGAAUAUUGUUGCAAGCACAACAAGCUCAUCAUUUACGUCGCUUAGAUCGAUACAGAAGUAUAGCAGAGUCGUCCUCACCAAGCAAAAUUUGUACAAAUCACAAUGGUUGCGUACCAUCAUCUAUGGACAUGCGUGACCGGAACUUUUGGUGUACUAUGGAAAAAGCAGAGGCCCUACGGAAUAUAGACUUGGAAUUCUUUCGGUGUAAAGAUCUAGAAAAAACACAAAAAUACCUCUCAAUGAUGGAAGACGAAUAUAUGGCCUUGCGGAAAAGGGCGGAUUCCGGUCAAAAGCUCAUAUUCAAUACAGGCUCAUUCACGUCCCCUUAUUGUACUGAUAUAGAAGAUCGGAUAAAAUGUAUAAUGCAAACAGAAAGGGAUGCUCACAAAUCUUCAUUUGGCAAGUAUAUAAACGAUUUCGGAAAUUCCUUACGACGACGAGAUAUCUACGAGAUCCAUGAUUCUCAUGAAUGGAAACAGAUCAAACACGACGGUAAAUGCAACAACGAAUUCAACUUAAAUAAGGAUUUAGAGUUGCUCACUAAUACCUUAAAUAGAGCCUUUGAUGGAAUUCAAGAGCAAAUUAGGGAAGAUUUCGAGAAUGCUGCGUAUCAGGCUGUAAAUAACCCAGAAUUAUUAAAGAGGAACACGGAGGGGGUUGAUCAUCAGGAAGGAAUUGGACUUCCGGUUAAGAAGAAUUGUGAGGAAUCCGUACAUCCCGAAGAAGAAGAUCCAGAUGAUGUAUUUGCCGAUGAGGGUUUACGACUGGCGCGUUUCGCUGCUAAAGCAUUCAGUCUGGACACGUCACGGGAAUUUUUAGUCGAAGAAUAUAAACAAUUGAAAGACAAUCGUCUUGGGGUGGAUUUAAAUUACUUUGUACCGGAAGCAAUAAAGAAAGAAGCUGGAGAUUUACCUCCCCUUGCGAUACCGAAAUGCAGCAUGUGUAAACUCCGGAAAAAAAUCAACAAAGUUGAUAAAAUAGAUGGUAAUGAGAAAUCACAGUCUGCUGACAGCGACGAAACGAAAACUGCACCUUCCGCUACAAUCAAGCGUUUUGGAGGACAUGAAUAUGAUGUAGUCACCGGAUGUGGUAUUAGGAAGCAUAAAGUGUCAUGCGCAUUGUGUGCGACUAGAAAAGAUGUCACUGUUUAG